CGUAUAAAUGGCGCGUCGUUAGUCAGUGUACGCAGCUGGUUUCUGAGCACUUGGUAAGUUAUAACUCAUUUUGAUUAGGCCUUAAUUAUCUAAAAAGGUUAGCUUAUCUAUAUUCAAAACCGAAACACUAAAUAAAAAGAUACAACUGAAUGUUGUAUUUGAUAAUUUAACUUAAUAGUAAAUUUUUGGCAUCGCGGAGAGUAUAUAGUAUAUAAUAUAAAUAAGUAACAGUGAACUAACAGUGAACAAGGCACAGGGCAUUGCAAAUAUUUUAUUAAAACUUAUUUAAGUCUUAAUUACUAAGACUUAAAAGUAACAUCGUUUAUUGGUGCCAUUUUAAACCACUCAUAACCGUUAUUUAUUAUUUUUAAAUAACAAAUAGUUAUUGUAACCAUUUUUAAAUCUUAUUCUUAUGAACUAUUGAAAACAAUAUAAUUUAGUCUAUAAUAUAGUAUAUAGCAGCAAAAUUAAUAUUUUUUAAAAUUAAUUUAUUAUAAUUACCGGUAUUAUAUGUAGUAGUCUUAGUAGUGCGUGCGUGGGUGAUUGGUGCUUGCCGUGGUACCAAGGCUGCCACUGACAGUUACUAAUAAACAAAUGAAGAAAUGCAGGUCUCGAGGACUAUAGCUUUAUUAAUGCUCUACAGGAAAAAGUCACUGCGACCGACAGCUCCAAAGGAAAAGUCCUAAGAAAAUAUAUAGACUAAGGCUAUGAAGAAAAAGGACAAUAUCUGCAAAUAAACAAAUAGUACAGGUCAACAAUGUCCUGACUAACAUAGCUAACAUAUACACAUGUUACAUAACCACGUAAUUACACGUGGCGACUUAACUGGAAAGCAUGAUAAAUGAUACGUACGGAGUAUUGUUUUAUACAAAUGGCAAAGAUAAUUAUUGUGUACUACCAAUGUUUAAAAUAAAAUAAACCACGUGCAGUGUUUAAUUUGAAACACAUGCACAGUGUAAAUGCUACACACAGAACCAGAGUGAGAUGUGAGGGCUAACAUAAACUUUAAAGAUCUUUAAAUUAAAAUAAACCACAUGCAGUGUUUAAUUUGAAACACAUGCACAGUGUAAAUGCUACACACAGAACCAGAUUGAGAUGUGAGGGCUAACAUAAACUUUAAAGAUCUUUAAAUUAUUAUCGUAUGCCAUCCAGGUAGGGUCUCUAUGUAAGAAGCACACAUAGCAGGACAGUAAAUACAAUGGUAUAAAGUAUGACCACCAUUAGCUUGAUGCUUGUAUCUAUCAAUCGCUCUGUCUUGUUAAGAUAAACAGCAGAUUGCAGAAUGACUAAUUAUAUGGAAUAUGACCCUAACACAAGCAGUAUUUCCUAUGUGAGAAUUUAGCACAGGGCAGGAGAGUAUAGCUUGUUACACAUAUUCGACGGACACUCGCUGGUUGUAUACUGUUGUAUCAAUAGCUUAUAUUAUAAGCGCAUUGCAGUAUGUGUACCCAUGUAUGUUCACAAACCCUGGUCAAUCGUAUCUAAUUUAUUCAUCCUAUUAAAGAAUUUAUUUAACGGUUGUAUGAUAACCUUUAAAAUAGCCUGAGCAUAAGUCUACACGAUUUAGGUUAUUCUACACUAUAUCCUGGUUAUAAGUCUGAACAGAAAUCUUCCAAUGCUAACACUCAACAAGUUCCUACUAACCACAAAGAAAUAAAAUGGCGUAUUUGUCUCUACUUACAGAGCGUUCCAAUGGGCCGCACUGAACAAUGGCACACUGCAGGGAUGCUGUCCGAUCUUGAAUGACCCCCUACUUAGUGUGCACCCCUUUAUAAAGUCGUGCGCGGACAUAUGAGAGAGCCCGUCCGUCUGGUCUAAGUUUUGCCUACUGGCCAAUUUCCUGGGGUAAAAUGCUUAACUCUGAGGACUACACCCGAGUGAUAAUUAAAAUCCCUGACCAACGCCCUAACGACUCAUAUGUGAUCUGUGCAGUUUUGUCUCAGCUAUCUAAGAUGCUAUUCUAUAUUUCUAUGAGUUAAAUGGUUUUUGAGAUAUUUUAACUAGAAGGGGUGAGGACCACUAUGGAUGAAGGUGAAAACCCCUUUAAUGACUAAAUGUUAAAAUAUCCUCCAAGGAUGGAAACGUGUAAAUAUUGUUACGCACUGACUUAUAUUGAGAGAAAUUAAUCCCCUAUUUUAAUUUUAAUUGGCUCGUUGUAAACAGUGCAUAACAAAGGACGAUACCAUAGAGUCAACAAUAUUAAAGAUACGACACCCAAAGCAGUUUCUAGUUACAAAUUUAUUUAAAGAUUUAUUAAGGUCUUAAGAUAAUUACAAAAGAAAAGAAAAUAUAAUGACAAUCUUCAACUUACAGUAUGGUAGAUCUUGUACCGGUACAUAGUUAAUACAGUUAGAAUAAUGGGCCAAUGAAUUAUGAUGAAUGCGAAAUGAACACAUAAAUAUAUGAGCACAAAGAAUAAAACACGCCUCGUAAAGUUAAUAAAAUCUAUCUGAAUCUCCGUCCGUGCCUGUCAAUCCCUUAUAUAGGUCGCGUAAGCCCUGCCUUCCAGAAUGACUUAUGACGUUUCUAGAACAAUCACAUUCAUUCUACAAAAUACUAUUUGGAACAGAUUAAUUAUUUUUAGUGGUUGGCGGCAUAAACACGACAGAUCAAACGACUAAGCCACACCCCUCUGUGAACACAGCGUCACAUGCAGGGUCAAUCAGAGGGCACGCACAAGAAAAAUUAUGUAAACAAGCUCUAUAUAACAAUAUGCUAUGGAAUAGUAAAUAAAAUCUCCUUUCUAACUAGAUAUAAUUUAUAACUUAAUACCCUAGGGUUCCAGAGAAAUAAAUUAUUGAAUUUAUAACUAAAGCGCACAUCGUGGUAUUUCAUUAUUUCCUACCUAUGUGCGAAAGAAGCUGGCCGUACAGAGACAGUCCGGGUGGGGUGAAAAGGAUACCUGAGGUCAACAUUCCGAUCCAGUGCUAGGCGAGGUCACACCGCGCGUUGGGCGCCAAACAUGGUUUUUGUGCUAAUGGCGGUUGUCUCAAAAUAACGGAUCUAAUAGCGGAUUUCCAAAUAACGGGACAUACACUGCCACAUAUAGUUAGUUAUAGACAUAGUAAUGAAGUAAUUAUAGGCUAUAGCAGAGUGUCUAUUUAUGUGGGGCCGUCCAUUAAUUACGUCAACACUUGAUAGCAAUUUUUUGAUCCCACUUGUCAACAACUAUNCCCCUCUUUAACAAAAAUAUAAGGAAUUAUAUUAUAAAUUUAUAAUGCAUUUUACUUUGAGCUGAUCUAUUUUAAUGAAAAUGCAAUAGUAGGAAAAACAUUUAAUUACAUAUUUGGUACUUCAAUUUUAAUUCACCGCAAAAAUAUCAUUACUGCUAUUCUAUGUCUCAGCAGUUAUAUCCGGUUUAAUAAAACGAAACGGUGGCACACACAGACAUAUGUCAUAUGCUCGAUUCUUAUGUGUGGGUUCAUUUUGCGUCUUUAUGCGAAAUGGUUUGAAUGUAUUCAACGCCAUUUUAAACGAUAUUGUUUAAAUGUGGCCAUGCCAUAACAGUAGCAGAGGACUUUUAAAGAAGUAAAUAUGUUUUAAUGCAAUGGAACAUUUGUUUUAUUGGAAGUGUGUUUUAAUGGAAAUAAUAAUAAGUGGUCUUAUAUAGCGCUGUAUCCCCAUGUAGGGCUGGGCUCACCGCGCUGUACAUAAAAAUAUUAUCAAGAGAGACAUAAUCAUGACAUUAAAAUAAAUUUAUGAAAUAAAGAACAGCAAAAAAAUGUAUAUUCACCCACCCCAUUACUUUUACAAGGCAAACCGUGGACGGCAGCCAACAAGAUCGUUUAGCUGUCAAAGGAGGGGAAUCAUUCAGGGUAGUAUAAUUUAAAGAGAUGUGUUUUUAGUGCAGUUUUGAAGAUUGGUAUAUUGCGUAUGUGUAAUGGUAGUAAUGGCAAAGAGUUCCAUUGUUUGGGGGUGCAGCAAGAGAAAGAUCGUUCAGCAUACGUGAAAUAAUGAAUAAUGUACAAUAAUUUUUGCAUUGAAUUAAAUGUUUUUAUUGAAAAGUUUGUUUUUUUGGAAGUGUUAUUAAUAAUAAUAAUUUUUGCAGUGAAUUAAAAUUGAAGUACCACAUCUUUAGCUUGUUAAUCACAAGUUAAGAAGUUUUUACACUUAAAUUUUAUAAUGCAGAAUCAAUUGAAAGCUUGUUAUUGUUAAAGACUAAAUAUCAUUGUUUGUGGAGUAAAUAUGAUUACUGUCAGGUUUGCUCUAUCGUAACAAUGGGCAUCAGGGACAGCAUUUGGGUAGAGCGGGGGGGGGGGGGUUACAUUUGCCCCUACACCCUAAUUUGCAGGUUUUAUUUAAAUUGCUAUAAACAACUUAAUUAAAAUUGAAGUACCUCAUCUUUAGCUUGUUAAUUACAAGUUAAGAAGUUUUUACACUUAAAUUUUAUAAAGCAGAAUCAAUUGAAAGCUUGUUAUUGUUAAAGACUAAGUAUCAUUGUUUGUGGAGUAAAUAUGAUUACUGUCAGGUUUGCUCUAUCGUAACAAUGGGCAUCAGGGACAGCAUUUGGGUAGAGCGGGGGGGGGGGGUUACAUUUGCCCCUACACCCUAAUUUGCAGGUUUUAUUUAAAUUGCUAUAAACAACUUAACAAGUCGACCAAGUUUUGGUUUUGCCACCUCCUAAAAAAAUAUGAAACGACGCCCCUGAUGGGCAUGGUCUAUAGCAGCUGAUUGAUCAUUUUCGUCUUGCGGCACUAAUAUACCAGACAAGUCAACAUCAUCCUCAUCUAACCAUUCUGAACUUAAAAAUAGACGCAUUGUUGGUGUGAGCAAUAACUGCAAAAUGGUCUCUCUUUCUACUGAAAUCUACUCGCAUUGGUCGAGUCCUUUUUUGUUGAGAAGCAGGCGGUAAUUUCUUAUGCUCGAGAGGGCAUUGUCGGUUCUGUUGAACAUGCUUUCUCAACAUGUCUUGUAAUGCAAAAUAGAAGUUAUAGAUUUUGCCAAUCCGUUCAAGCAGCGAUUUAUUAUUGUUACUCACUUUACAUUCACUUAAUUCUCAAAAUAUCAUAUUCCUACUUUAACAAUAUCAUUUAUAAUAUUGACUGCACAUGACACUUGAACCUUGUCCUUGUUCCAUACCUGCAACAGAAUCUACAGUUGGAGAGAGGCCAACUUUUGACUUCUUGCACUAACAAAGUGUGCUAACAUUCUGACCAGCCAUCUGCAGUGCACAGACACACAUUAAAUACAUCUUAUACUGUUUAAAGCCUAAAAAUUAUAUUACUAUUUACACUCAUUAAUUUUUUUAAAAAUAAUUUAAUAACCAAUCCAUUUUUAAGAUUAAAAUUUUAACAGAGACGACAUAAUUGUCGACAUCAACUAAUCUAACCCCCACCCCCUCCCUCCACCUUGUCAACAAAUGUCCAAACUUACUUUGUUGACAUAAUUAAUGGACGCCCCCUUGUAUAGUAGAAUAUAGUAUAGUUAAUAGUUUUGUACAACAAAAUAAUUUAUUUUUACAUUUAUAUAAAUAUAAUAAUCUGUACAAAAAUAGCACCAUAGUUCCCAUAGUUAAGUAUAGUAUUUUUAGUAUGUAUAGCCCAUGUACAAUCCAAAACAAAUGUAGACUUUUUCAAGUAAAGCCUAUUAAAUUUAAUUAUCUUGCUCGUAGUCCAUGCGGCACACCACAUUCAGUUUAUUUUAUUUAAGUUUUAGAAAAUGUACUCUUGUGCAUGUAAUUAAUGACAUACAUACAAUUAUACAUGAUGAAUAAUUAUUGAAAUAACUAGGUCCCAUGCCAUUAGACUAGAGUUACCAUGAGAAUAAUAAGUGCAGAGACUGAUGCAAUCUUUCACUCCAUCACAACAUAAACUAACAUGUCAUUUCCCCUUACAAAACUGCGUCACAAAAAUCUCAACAUAAUAGUUACAGCUACACAUAUAAUCUCUACACUAAACAUCUUUUCCGUAGCUAACUUUUAGGCCCCUAAAUCUAGUUCACAACAUAGGUCAUUGUACAGCUGUGAGCUGUGUUAGCAGAGGACUAGUCAUAUAUCAUACAAUGUCAGGAAUAUAUCAUACAAUGUCAGGAAUAUAUCAUACAAUGUCAGGAAGAUGUGUAGCAAUAAUGAAUAUGGAAUUGCUGACAGAGUGAAAGUCUGAUUUCUUGUAGACAAGUGAGCGAAAAUAGACAAAAACUGUUCUAUUUUGACUUAAUCAUAAGCAAAAAUUGAUCAUGUAGCAACUUUGUUGUCGAAACCAAAGUUCAUUUAGUCUCUAAGACAAACCAAAUUUCAAAAGAGAUCUCAGAGCAUAAAGAAAUUUUGUCAAUUUGACGUCUUACAUAAAAAGUUGAUGCUAUUUUUAGAUGGAGUACUCCCAAUAGCAUGACAAUGUUCCUAAAAAUCUGAAGGCACCAAUAUUAUUUCUGUUGGCCUGUGUUGUCAUAUACAUAUUUACCAUACCAUUCAAUAAGAUACAUUUUAAGACUGCUCACUUGAUCAAUUGACGGGACUUCCAGGUGGAUGGGCUAUGGUUGGACAUAUGGAUGAAAUAUGCUAACACUUGUGAAACCAAUAAUUAAAAUGAUUUUUUUUUUUUUUUCAGAAUCUAUAAAAAACGAACAUCAGCUUUGUCAAAUAUGGAUGAGGAAGAGCAUGAUUGCCUCAAGGUUGAUGGUUCUGAUUAUGAAAGUGAAAUUUAUUAUAAACACAUUUACAUUGUUACUGUCCAAAAAGCAUGUGUAGGAAUUUCAAGGUUAUUAAAUAGCAAGAUCAUCAAUGGAAAGACAGCACUAAUAAUUUCUAUAGAGAGACAGGACAUUGAAACUCUUAGACUUUUCUUAGCCCUGGGAGCUGACCCGAAUAUGUUAAUGUUUCCUUGCAAUGUCUCGACAGCCCUGACGCUGGCGAUUCAGAAGAAUGACACAUCUUCUGUAAAAGAACUUGUACGUCACGGGGCACAUUUUUCCGGUGAGAAAGGAAUUGAAGCAUUAGAAUGGGUUGUGUCGAAAUGUUUGUUCACAGACCUUAUCGAAGGCGAGAAUAAAAUUUUUGUAGGUGAUAAUUCAGAAAAGCAUAUUAAAACUGCAAUAGGUGUGGCAUUUGAAAGUGGCAGACAGUCGCUGUUGAUCAAGUUGAUGAAUUGUGGAUUGUCACUAGAGAGAACAUUGCUCCUUGAUUCAACUCUACACCAACCCGAUUUAGUCAAGCUUCUUAUAGACUAUGGAGUGAAUGUAAAUGCUGCUUCUACGAGCUUGAACACAGUGCUUCAUAAAUGUGCUCAAAGUAAUAAUAUUGAAUCAAUUAAGUUACUUAUUCAAGCCAAUUCCAACAUAAAUGCUGUAAACAGAGAUGGUGAAACAGCACUGCACAGAGCAGCAUGUGUUGUUUAUUCAGAGCAAUCUCAUGAACCAGAAGUUGAAAAAAUUGAAAAAAGUAGAAAUUUGGAAAUUAUCCGACUGCUUAUUGAAGCCAAGGGUAAUGUUGACGCUAAGGAUCAUGAAGGUGACACAGUGCUUCACAAGGCUGUGCAAUAUGGCAAAACUGAAAUGGUUAAGUUUCUCAUUGAGGCCAAAGCGGAUACCAAUGCCAUUAAUGGAAAUGGCGAGACAGCGCUUUACAGAGCAGUGGAUGUAGGCAGUACUGAGAUUGUAAAGCUACUCAUUGGAGUUUCUUCUGAUGUCAAUGCCACAAAUGAAGACGGUGAUACAGUUCUCCACAAAGCAGCGCUAAGAAACAACAUAGACAUUAUUGAACUUCUAGUAAAAGCCAAAGUAAAUAUUGGUGCUGUGAAUAAUAAUGGUGAAACGGCCCUGCACGUCUCAUCAGCAUCUGCGGAGAGUGAUCCUGCUUCUUUCUGUCUGAAUUGUACCGAUUUCAUAAAUAUAGGACUUGAAUCUGGAACUACGGAAAAACAGAGAAGUGCUGAAUAUGGCCCUUGUGCCAUUGUCCAAUAUCUGAUUAAAGCAGGUGGAGACAUUAACCUAGAAGACAGAUAUGGGAAUACACCACUUACAAUAGCUGUGACCAAUAAUAAUCUAAUGUUAGCACACAUUCUGAUUAAUGGCGGUGGUGAUGUCAACAAACUGUAUAGCAUCCCAUCAACUUGCGUACAACAGACGUCCCACUGCCAUCUCAGGGAAAGGUAUAUGCAGACACCAGAUCAAAGUCUUCUCUGGGUGGCAUUGUAUAGAAAAUUUCACAGCACUGAGAUGGCAAAACUGCUGAUUCAGCACGGAGCCAACAUCAACGUUUCAAAUGUAGACAGGACAACUGUCCUGAUGCUGGCGGUGGAUCAGCUCGAUGUCAAGUGGGUUGAGGAUCUCAUAGGGGCCGGUGCUGAUGUUAAUGCCACAGACAACUUUGGCGACAGUGUGUUGAUCCGUGCUGUGAGACUUGUGAUCCAAGAAAUUCAGAAUCAAAAGCAUACAAGUACUAUUGAAAGAUCCAAAUCCCUACUGCACCUUCUUCUAAAGGCUGGAUGCUCCAUUAAUUCUCAAAACUUUCCGAACCCAAUGGUGUUGGCCGUCAAUGGUUGUCAUAAAGACUGUGUGAAACUAUUACUUGAAUACGGAGGAGAUGUAAAUGCUCAUGAUGAGGAUUUGAACACUCUAACUAUGUUGGCCAUUAGAAAUAAUUCUUUGGAUAUUGUUGAAGUCCUCAUUGCCUCUGGUGCUGUCGUGAACCCAAGAAAUAAGUUUGGUGACCUGGCGUUACAUUAUGCAGCAAAAUGUAAAAAUUCACAAAUUAUGCAAAUUGUUCUUGAAAAAUUUGUUGACAGCAAUGGUAAGGAAAUGACCAAGCUGGGAAGCAAGAGACGUAAAUGUACUCAUGAGAAGAUUUUCAACUUGGAUAUGUUAAAUAACAGAUCUGAAACGCCUCUUUACAAAGCAGCAGCUUAUGGCCGCUGGAAGAAUGUCAAAUUACUGUUAGAACAUGGAGCCUCUACAAAUAUCCACUCUGAUAAUGGCAACACAGCCUUGAUGAGGGCCUUGAAACAUGGCUUUGAAAAUGUUGCCAAAACCUUGCUGGCAGCUGAGGCAGAUGUCAAUAUUCGAAACAAACGAGGUGAAAAUGCGCUGCUCAUCGCUGCCAAGUCCGGUUGUACUGAGAUGGUGAAGCUCCUAAUCCAGGCGAGGGCCGAUCCCCUUUCUUCAACAAAUAUGGGAAAUACUGGACUUUCAUUGGCAGCCAAUAAAGAUAUUGCAGAGUUGUUUGUGCAGGCCGGGGCAGAUGUCAAUUUAAGGAACGUUCACGGCCAAACUCCUUUGCACUGUGCUGUGAAAAAAAGUAAAACUGAUGUCUUUAAGUUACUGUUAGCUCAUGGUGCUAAUGUUAACAUGAAGGAUUUCUAUGGGAAUACACCGUUAAUCAUUGCAGACCAUGUUUUACAAUCUGACAUUAUUUUGAGUCUCAUCAGAGCAAAGGCAGAUGUAAAUAUACAGAACAAGAAGGGGAAGACUGCCUUAAUGUAUGCAACCAACUUCACGGAUGCCAUAUUCUGUAGAAGGUACCACCUAAAUAUAGAUGGAAUAAAUGUCAGGGACACACUGUUAAAGUCUGGUGCUGACGUUAACUUAAAAGAUAAUACAGGCCGCUCAGCUCUCAUGUACAACUGGCAAGAAGAAGAGGAGUGUCAUGGCGAUUACAAUAAACUGUUAGAAUAUGGAGCUGAUCUUGAAGCAGAGGAUUAUCAUGGCAGAACAGUUUUGGUUCAAGUACUGCUGACUGAUGGAAUGGCGUUCAAGGCAGCUAUUCUUUUAAAUAUGGGAGCGAAUCCAGUGCUGAAGGCUGAAUACCGGCACAUUCUAAUGAAACCAUCUGUUUGUUGCUAUAUGAGUGAUGUGAGGAAUGUAUUUCUAAGGCUUUUGGUGUGUAAUGGUGUUGUCAAUAUGGUGUUUUUUAACAGCUACUUUCCUAUUCUCAUAGAUAGCUGUGUAGAAUUAUGUUUAUGGUAUGGUGGCUAUGCCUUGCUAAGAUAUAUUCUUGCCAACUGUUACAUUUCUAAUAAGGAUUUGUCCUACAUAAUGCUGAGACACAAUGGUGCUGCCAUGUACGCCUCAGCAGAAGAAUUAAGUCCGGAUCAUAAAAAAGCAAAUGCACUGCUUCAAAGAGCUGCAUGUCAACCCUGGCCAUUGGUCAAGCUUGCUUUCAUAGCUGUUUCCACGAUGAUGGGCGAGAGUCCUGAAAGAGAAGACCACAUCAGGAAUUCUCAGCUGCCUAAUCCUCUCAAAGACAUGUUAAUGUUUGAGACAAAUGUCGCCCGCACAACUGUUGAAGAAUGGUCUGUACUUCCUGUAUGUUUUGAAGCAUAACAGCCUGUAAAAUUUCUUUAUUAUGUACCUUUAGAGGUUAUUGCAAAUGUCCCAGGAGUCAUAGUUGUUUCGAUGUCGGUCACAUAUGUGUUGUAAAGGAGUCAUUAAUCCAUUGCACUUUCAUGCCCUCUAGGGAUUUAAGUUUUUUUGUUUAUCCUAUUGCAAAUGAAUAAACGUAAAUUUAAAUUAAAAAGUCUCUUGAAAACUACUAUUGCGGUACAAUUAAAAUAUAAUAGCCUUGAAUAUACCUACAUAUAAAAAUUUCAUGUUGCCAGUAGAAAUUUGAAAUUUGUCAAUUGCUGUUUGACAUGCAAUGAUCAUUCUUAUGUCAUCUGGUGAUGUUCAAAAUGCUAUUUUAUCUACAAUUCUCUUGAGGAUAUUUGAAAUGUCACUACGGGCUUACGUAGAAUUUAUAACAUUCUACAUUAUUUAAAUUUAAACAGAAUACUUAAAGUAGUAUUAGUAUAGAAUUUACAAUCAUAGCGAUAUAGUUGCUAUGAAACUAAGAUACUAUCAGUCAGAUGUCUAAAUGAUCAAAUAUAAAUAUAAUAAAUAAAAUAAUUUUAUUUGAUAGCAAAAUACUACCUAUACAAUGUCAUUAUGAUGCUAUUAUAUUAAAUUAUUCAAUCUAGCGAAUUAAAAAUAAAUAAUACACUAUCAGUGCAGUACCAUUUAUUAUAAAUAGGUACCGGGUAACAUAUUUUAAAGUAAAUUUUUUUUCCACACAACUACCAGAUAUCUUUAAUGUACUAGUGGUAUACUAAAGGCAGUGCCAGGUGUGCUCUAGGGUUAACAAACAGCAAAUCUGCCGCAAGGAAACUGUUUUAGUCUUUACGUUCGAUUAGAUUUUUCAUCCCAGCAGUUGCAGAAAAGGCACACUAUGUCACACAUGACACAGAAAUAAACUAGGGUAGGUUAUGAAAAUGAAAUCUCAUUUACAAAUGAGAAAUAAAAAAAGUUUAGGAGAGGACUCUUUUUCUCAUAAAAGCCUCUGCCUGUUUGUUUGACAAAUAGUGCCCAGUGUAGCUUUAAUUUGUUUAUAUCCAUGCAGCCACAAUAACAUUUACCUGAAAAACCUGAUAAUGUAUUUUUAUUUGUAGACAUAAAAAAAUUAGUUGCUCCUGUAAAUUAAUUUUUUGCAAAAUAAUUGACUGUUUAGUGUCCUGAAUCUUAAAUCUCUUUGUGCAAUUGUGUUGAUUGUAUAAUUUUAUAAAGGUGC